CAAUACAUUAUAGGACACCGACUCUACCGAACGCUGGAGCUAUAAAAGCAGCACUCCCUCACUCCCUCUUCCUAUAGACAUGCUCUUGCGCGCAGUUAGCUCCACAUCUCCAAUGGCUACUUGUAUUCAUCUCCUUGUUUUUACCCUCCUCCUCCUCCUCAUUCCAAUUUCAAACGCCGCUCUCCGGCCAAGUGAAGUCGUCAUUCCAGUCCAAAAAGAUGUCGAGACCAGCCAGUACGUGGCCACCAUCAAAAUGAGGACCCCUUUAGUGCCUGUGAAGGUUGUCGUUGACUUAGCAGGCACACUCUUAUGGGUGGACUGUGACGAUGGUUACAUAUCAUCCUCUUACCGCCCCACUCCAUGUGGCUCGGCCAAAUGCCAACUGGCAAAGGGCAUUGGGUGCCUCUCUUGCAAUCUGGAGCCCAGACCAGGGUGCACCAACGACACCUGUUCUGUGUUCCCAUACAACCCUAUCAAGAAUUCACUCAUGACCGGAGGGCUCUCUGAGGACGUCAUAGCUAUCCAAUCGACGGAUGGGAAGAACCCAGGUGCUGUUGCUGUCAUACACCCAUUUCCCUUCUCCUGUGCGACCACAUCCCACUUGGAAGGCCUUGCUCGUGGCGCUAAAGGAAUGUUGGGCUUGUCUAGGAGCUCAACCGCGCUACCCACCCAGCUCGCAUCCCAGUUUAGUAAGUUCCCUCAGGUGUUUGCUCUUUGCUUGUCAUCUUCACCAAACUCAAAUGGGACCAUGUUUUUUGGCAAUAAACGCUACAUGCUGAAUCCCAACAACGAUGUGGAUUAUUCCAARUCUCUCACCUAUACACCACUCAUCAUCAACCCAGUAAGCACUGCCCCCAUUUAUUCAGAAGGCGAUCAAUCAGACGAAUACUUCAUCCAAGUUAAAUCCAUCAAUAUCAAUGCAAAGAGGGUACCCAUUAACACAACCUUGCUGUCGUUCGACAAAGAUGGCGUUGGUGGCACCAAGAUAAGCACAGCCACCCCUUACACCACUCUGCAUACCUCGAUCUACAAGGCUGUCACUCAAGCUUUUGCAAAUGCGGCUGCAUCAAUGAAGAUGAGUAGAGUAGCGUCUGUCGCACCUUUCGGUGUUUGCUUUAGCUCGAAGAGCAUCAAACGCACCCGGAUGGGACCGCUUGUGCCUGCCAUCGAUCUUGUACUGCACAGCCAGGAUGUGUAUUGGAGCAUUUCCAGGUCGAAUUCGAUGGUGCAAGUGAAGGAUGGGGUUAUGUGCUUAGGCUUGGUGGAUGCAGGGAAAAAUCCUAGAACCUCCAUUGUGAUAGGAGGACACCAGUUGGAGGACAAUCUUCUUCAAUUUGAUCUUGCAUCGUCGAUGCUUGGCUUCACUUCUUCGUUGCUGGGACAUGGAACAAAUUGCGCCAAUUUCAACUUCACAUCCAAAGUCUAGAAUCUAGUUCUCUGGAGUGUAGACAAGGCCAAAAAAUUAAAUUAGACAUGAGAAUUUGGGUUUGCCUUAAUUAUGGGCUGGACUAAGACGUUUUAAUUGUUUGUUUUAAUAUAUAUGUUCUAGUCAGUCAGUGUGUGUGUGUAGAGUGUAGGUGCGCAAAGCAUCUUUGUCAGCAUUAAAUAAAUAUAUGUACAGGAGUCUAACAUGAGGUGGACUCCAAAUGGUACAUCAUGACCUAUUGCUGAUUUGUUUUUUCA